UUCCUGCACUUCUGAACAGCUACCUAGCUAUACAGACAAAGCUCUUCUCUUGGAACUCAGACUCAGAGCAACACAUCAUAUCAACUCUGCAAACCUGCUUCAAUAAACACCUGUAGUAAAUCUACAUCUACAUCUACCUGCACCACCCCACAAGCAAUGAGCAAAAUGGCACGAAGCUUCUCAACAGCUGCCAGAGUGCACCCGUCCAUCUUGCCACAUCUCCGACCACCACCGCGCCGAGCUCCGAUCCGCCGAUGGCUCAAAACCGCCGCCGUCGUCUCCGUCGUCGGCUACGCAACCAAAACCUACCUCGACAUCACCCGCGACCAGCGCCGCUCCAGCGCCAUCGCCAACGAACAGGCCUCUGCUGACCGGCAGCGCAUGAUGGAGAAUUUGUACGGCGGGCGCGAGACGCUGGAGGAUUUGGAGAGGGGCGUUGCAGAGUAUGAGAGGAGGUAAAAACAGCCAUCGCUCGUGAUUUUUUUCAGAAACGGGAGAGAAAUUGCACCCCCGAGGCAUUAUUUUAGAGCGGGUGUUGGUGUGGCGAAAAUUGGCAUUUUUCAUGGAAACGACAAAGCAAACUUGGAGCGAGCAUACAUUAUUUUUUUUUUCCUUUUGUUUAAAUUUUUUUUUUUUACUGGGCAUCACUAUACACUUGGCCUCUGUAUCCCAUCUGCCUGCCUAGGUAUUUGAAUGGGAAUUGGAGGAUGGCGUUUCUUUUAGGAGUCUUGAUGAUAUUGGCCCAGCUUGGGCGGGCAGGAGAAUUGACAGCAUAUAGAAGCCGCACGAGACGGUCCUUCUUAUGCUGAUAUUCAAAUAUAUUCAUUCGUCUCAUCACUCG